AUGCGAGAACGCGGUCCGGACAGCCUGGCAGGACUCGUGCUGUAUGUAGGACUCUUCAGGCACCCCGGGAUGCUGCACAGGGCCAAGUAUAGCCGCUUUCGGAACGAGUCCAUCACGUCCUUGGACGAAGGCAGCCCCGGAGGCUCGGCGGGGAACAAGGGCUCGCCGCCGCCUCCCUACCCCACCCUGGCACCUCACCUGCCGGCUGAAGAUGCCACCUUGGCGUCCCAGGAGAGCCCCACCCCACUGUGCACCUUGAUCCCUCGCAUGGCCAGCGUAAAGCUGGCCAACCCAGCCACCUUGCUGAGUCUGAAAAACUUUUGCUUGGGUACCAAAGAGGUACCUCGACUCAAGCUCCAGGAAAGCCAAGACCCGGCUCCCAGCAGCCCGGCUUCCCCUGAAACCAGUCUGAAUAGGGCCAUGCCAGCACCUCCGCCUCAGCGGGAUGCCCUGGGGCACAGGGUGACCUCUUUAACUCCUGAUGCCUGCCCCCUUCCCGGCCCUGGGGAGCCAACCCCCGGGAGCAGGCAGGACAAGCACUUUCUGCAGCACCUGUUGGGGAUGGGCAUGAACUACUAUGUGAGGUACAUGGGCUGUAUUGAGGUGCUGCAAUCAAUGAGGUCACUGGACUUUGGAAUGAGAACCCAAGUUACAAGGGAAGCAAUAAGUCGCCUGUGUGAAGCUGUCCCUGGGGCAAAUGGAGCCAUUAAAAAGCGAAAGGCUCCAGCUAAGUUCCUAUCAACAGUUCUUGGCAAAAGUAAUCUUCAGUUUUCGGGAAUGAAUAUAAAACUGACCAUCUCAACAUGCAGCCUCACACUGAUGAAUCUUGACAACCAACAGAUUAUUGCAAAUCAUCAUAUGCAGUCUAUUUCAUUUGCUUCUGGAGGGGAUCCGGAUACUACAGACUAUGUUGCCUACGUAGCUAAAGAUCCAGUUAAUCAACGAGCCUGCCACAUAUUGGAAUGCAGCAAUGGAAUGGCCCAAGACGUCAUAAGUACCAUAGGGCAGGCUUUUGAACUCCGGUUUAAACAGUAUUUGAAAAAUCCUUCUGUGAAUACUUCUUCUGAAAGUGAGGAGGUGCACGUUGAUGACCAUGCUGAGGAGAGAGAAGAUCAUGAGUAUUACAAUGAAAUCCCGGGCAAGCAGCCGCCUGCAGGUGGUGUUUCAGAUGUACGGAUCAAAGUUCAAACCACAGAACAAAUGGCUUACUGCCCCAUACGGUGUGAAAAGUUGUGCUAUUUGCCGGGAAACUCCAAGUGCAGCAGUGUGUAUGAGAACUGUCUAGAACAAAGCAGGGCAAUAGGUAAUGCACACGAGAGAGGGGUACAGUCCCAAAGAGACACAUCAUUGAUGAAGCCCGCGUGCCGAGUGGAUCUCUUCGACGACCCCUGCUACAUCAAUACGCAGACUCUUCAAAGCACGCUGGGCUCUGCCGGAAAUCAAAGUCCAGGUCACCCACUGGGGACCCCAUGGUACCCCCAGGAGACAGCACCAGAAACUGUUCAGCCAGGUGCCACGGCCCAGCCUGCCAGCUCACAUUCUUUGCCACACAUUAAGCAGCAGCUGUGGAAUGAAGACUGCUACCACGGCAAGCUGAGCAGGAAAGCAGCAGAGAGCCUCUUGGUAAAGGACGGGGACUUUUUGGUUCGAGAGAGUGCAACAUCUCCUGGCCAGUAUGUGCUGAGUGGGCUACAGGGAGGCCAGGCAAAACAUCUUCUCCUGGUGGAUCCCGAAGGCAAGGUGAGGACCAAGGAUCAUAUAUUUGAUAAUGUUGGCCACCUUAUCAGAUACCACAUGGAUAAUAGUUUGCCAAUCAUCUCUUCUGGAAGCGAAGUAAGCCUUAAACAACCAGUGAGAAAAGAUAAUAAUCCAGUACUUUUGCAUUCCAACAAAUGA